UAUGGAUUAGCUUCUUAAUAUCAAAUAUAGCCCUAGAUAAUUUGUAUUCAGAUCAUCUCCAUGUUCUAAAUAAUCUUUCUAAAGUGAAGAUGAUAGGGAUACAGCACUUUCAUUUGACUCCACUCCUAAACCAAAACCAAAACCUUUAUUAGGAAUGAAUGCUAUGACAUCCCAAUUUGAAAAUGAGGAUAGUGAUAAAAGCAGUUAAAAAGGAGAAUCAGUACCAAAAACUUUUAGUAAUAACUGAGAUAUAAUUUUAGUUCCAAAACUUUCACGUUUUAGCACUCAGAGAGUUAUAACUAUGAAUGAAGGGGAUAAAGAUGAAGAACCAGAACUGAUCGAUAAAGAUGUUAAAUAAAGUUCAAGUAUUUUUUCUCAAAUACCUGAUGAACAAACGAAAAAUAUAGAAGAACAACUCAAAAAAAUAGAAGAGAAAAUAAAAGUAAAUCCAAAGCUUAAAUAAAUGAAAUCUAAACCUAUGUCUAUGAGAAAUUUUAAAAAAGUUGGAGAAUCUAAAGAAGACAAGUUAUUAGAUCAUCCAUUUCGUCAUUUGAUAUUCAGUCCCAAAAUAGAUGAAUUAGUUUUUGAGAAACAUUUAAUUGUAACUUAAAGAGGACUAAUUUAUUCAAGAAAGUGUCUAAAAGGGCCUUCAGAAGAAUUUAUUGAAAAGAAAAAAGUUACUUUAUAGAAAAUCAAUCCAAAGAAAGUAAACACAAUUUUUCUUGAUCUUGAUGAAACGUUGAUUCAUGCUUGUAAUUCUAGAGAGAUACCAACAGUUAAAUUAAAAUAAACAAAUGAAGAUGGAUCUGAUAUUGAUGUAUCUUAUAUUAUUAAUAGUAGGUUGGAAUAAAUAUUAGACCAUAUGCUUCCUAUUUCUUAUAAGAAUUAGCAUAAUAUUAUACAGUCUAUAUUUAUACAGCCUCUUCUUAAUCAUAUGCUUAAACGGUUGUAAAUUAUCUUGAUCCUCUCAAAUAAUAUAUAAGUGGAAUCUUAACUAGAUCUAAUUGUAUGGAAACUAAAAAUGGGUUUUUCAUAAAAGAUUUAAGAAUUAUUAAAGACUUAGAUUUAAGCAAAACUCUAAUCAUAGACAACCUCGUUCAUUCUUUCGGUUUAUAGGUUGAAAAUGGAAUUCCAAUUCUUGAGUGGCAUGAUAAUUAAGAUGAUUUAGAACUGAAAUAUCUAUUAGAAUAUUUGAUAGAAGCAUCUGAAUAAUAGAAUUUGAAAGAGUUUAAUAUAACUCAUUUGCAAUUAGAUCAUUUAAUAGAUUAUAUCAUCAAGUAAUGA